GGCUGCUGCCGCCGAUACCGCCGGCGCGCUCGGUGUCGGCUCGCGGAGAUAAGGGCGGAGGAGGCCCCCGGGGUUCACCAUGAAUUUCGAAGGGCUCAACCCCUCCCUGGCCGAGUAUGCACCGCCCCUGCACCCGGCGCUGGACCCCGUCCUGGACCCCCACCUCAACCCCAGCCUGGUGGAGCUGGACCCCGAGGGGGUGUCCCUGGAGGGCAUCCCGGUGCCGGAGUCAGUGCACCUGAUGGAGGGCAUGUACAGCGAGCUCCACACGGCCGUGUCCGAGGUCGGGGUGCCCGUCUCCGUGUCCCACUUCGACCUGCACGAGGAGAUGCUGUGGAUUGGGAACCACGGGGGCCACGCCACCUCCUUCUUCGGGCCGACGCUGGAGCGAUACUCGUCCUUCCAAGUGAACAGCAGCGACGACAUCCGCCAGAUCCAGAGCCUGGAGAACGGCGUCCUCUUCCUCACCAAAACCAACCUCAAGUACAUGUCGCGGGGAGGCCUCAUCAUUUUUGACUACCUCAUGGAUGAGUCCGAGGACAUGCACAGCCUCCUGCUGACGGACAGCAGCACCCUGCUCGUGGCCGGGCUGCAGAACCACGUCCUCGAGAUCGACCUCAACACCGUCCAGGAGACGCAGAAGUACACCGUGGAGGUCCCCGGCAUCACCAUCAUGAGGCAGUCGAACCGUUUCUUCUUCUGCGGGCACACCUCGGGAAAGGUGUCCCUGCGCGACCUGCGCACCUUCGUGGUGGAGCACGAGUUCGACGCCUACUCCGGGAGCUUGUCCGACUUCGACGUCCACGGGAACCUGCUGGUGACCUGCGGCUUCUCCAGCCGGAUGAACGGGCUGGCCUGCGACCGCUUCCUCAAGGUCUACGACCUGCGCAUGAUGCGGGCGACCACCCCCCUGCAGGUCCACAUCGACCCCUUCUUCCUGCGCUUCAUCCCCACCUACACGUCCCGCCUGGCCAUCAUCUCCCAGACGGGCCAGUGCCAGUUCUGCGAGCCCACCGGGCUGGCCAACCCCGCCGACAUCUUCCACGUGAACACGGUGGGGCCCCUCAUCAUGACCUUCGACGUGUCCGCCAGCAAACAGGCGCUGGCCUUCGGCGACUCCGAGGGCUGCGUCCACCUCUGGGCCGACUCCCCCGAGGUCACCUUCAACGCCUACUCCCGGGAGACCGACUUCGCCCUGCCCUGCAUGGUGGACACGCUGCCACACCUGGACUGGAACCAGGACCUGGUGCCGCUCUCGCUCAUCCCGGUGCCGCUGACCAGCGACGCGCUGCUCUCCGACUGGCCCGCCGCCAACUCCGCCCCGGCACCACGGCGAGCCCCCCCAGUAGAUCCCGAGAUUUUGCGAACCAUGAAGAAAGUGGGAUUCAUUGGCUACGCCCCCAACCCCAGGACCAAGCUCCGCAACCAGAUUCCUUAUCGGUUGAAGGAGAUGGACAACGAGUUUGACAACUUCAGCCAAGUGCCCGAGUCCCCGAUCGGGCGGGAGGAGGAGCCACACCUCUACAGGGUGGCCAAGAAGUACAGGAAGGUCACAAUCAAAUACUCCAAGCUGGGGCUGGAGGACUUUGACUUCAAGCAUUACAACAAGACGCUGUUUGCAGGGCUGGAGCCCCACAUUCCCAAUGCCUACUGCAACUGUAUGAUCCAGGUGCUGUAUUUCCUGGAGCCUGUCCGCUGCCUGGUCCAGAACCACCUGUGCCAGAAGGAAUUCUGCCUGGGCUGUGAGCUGGGCUUGCUCUUCCACAUGCUGGACCUGUCCCGAGGGGAUCCCUGCCAGGGAAGCAACUUCCUGCGGGCUUUCCGCACGAUCCCGGAGGCCUCGGCGCUGGGGCUCAUCCUGGCUGACUCGGACGAGGCCACGGGGAAGGUGAACCUGGGGCGGCUCAUUCAGAGCUGGAACCGUUUCAUCCUCACUCAGCUGCACCAGGAAACCCAGGAGCAGGAGGGGCCGCAGGCGUACCGGGGCGCUGGCACCGGCAGCUUUGGGUCCUCAGGGGACUCUGUCAUCGGGCAGCUCUUCAGCUGUGAGAUGGAGAACUGCAGCAUGUGCCGCUGCGGGAAGGAGACGGUCCGGGUGUCCUCCACGCUGCUCUUCACCCUCUCCUACCCCGAGAGCACCGAAAAACCAGUCAAGGAUUACGAGUUCGCCCAAAUUUUAAAGCGAAGCAUCUGCUUGGAGCAGAACACACAGGCCUGGUGUGAGAACUGCGAGAAGUACCAGCCCACGGUGCAGACCCGGAACAUCCGCUGCCUGCCCGACGUCCUGGUCAUUAACUGUGAGGUGAACAGCUCCAAGGAGGCAGAUUUCUGGAAGACACAGGCUGAGUAUUCCUUUCAGAAAGCCAUGAUGAAGAGGGGAGGCUUUGACAUCACCAAGGGAAAGGAGAUCUCUCUUGGGGAGUGGAAGGAUCUGGGGAACCCCGACGUGGGGCACUCGUACGCUUCCGUGGAGGAACUGAAGAACAUUUGGAUCCCUCACGCCAUCAAGAUGAGGCUGACCAAGAGCAAAGAGCUUGACGUGAGCAACUGGAGCGAGACCGACGAGCUGAGCCCAGCAGAUGACCCCGAGUCCGUGUACAUCUACGACCUCAUGGCCACCGUCGUGCACAUCCUGGAUUCCCGCACGGGGGGCAGCCUGGUGGGGCACAUCAAGGUGGGGGAGACCUACCACCAGCGGAAGGAGGGAGUCACACACCAGCAGUGGUACCUCUUCAACGACUUCCUCAUCGAGCCCGUGGACAAGUGCGAGGCCGUGCAGUUCGACAUGAGCUGGAAGGUUCCGGCCAUCCUCUACUACGCCCGGAGGAACCUCAACGCCAAGUACAACCUCGUCAUCAAGAACCCCAUCGAGGCCAGCGUGCUGCUGGCAGAGGCCUCGCUGGCUCGCAAGCAGCGCAAGUGCCACGCCACCUUCAUCCCCCUCAUGCUGAGCGAGAUGCCGCAGGCCGGAGACCUGGUGGGGCUGGACGCCGAGUUCGUCACGCUCAACGAG